AGGGGGGAUUUAAAGGGGCCAUGUCCCCCGCGCGCCGGCGGCUGCUGUGGAGGCCGGAGCCGGGCAGGGGGCGGCGGCUGCCGUGGGGCCGCUGAGGAGCCCGCCCGGCCCGGCCCGGCCCGACCCGACCCGACCCGACCCGACCCCCGCGUCCCCGGGGAGGCGGCGGCGAAGGCGACACAGCCCCACCGGUCCCAGUGGCAGUGGCCACAUGCAAGUCCUGAUGCUCAGCUCUCAAAAGUGACACUGGAAUCGGGGGAGGAAUGGAGAAGUCUGUCCCUCCUCCCACAGAGCAGCUGACAACACACCUGGGUGAUGGAGGAAGGGCCAUGUUGAUGACCUCAGAGCCCAGCAAAGAGAGCUUUACUGCCCAAGAGUGCCCCCAAGGGGACAAGCAAAGAGCCACAUUUAUCAAUGAUGCGAGAACGCCUCUGGAGAGCACAGCUCUAUCUGGGCUAUCUGGGGAAGGCAGGACUGAGCUCCAGAAGCCUGCCUUCUAUGCCCCAGAGAGCCGGCUGGUCAUGAGCCAGGACACAAAGGGGCCUGCUGGCACUGAUAGAUGCGGCCUGCAAGACGACCCAGACUACUUCUCACCCCUGUCACGCCAGGAACCUGACGUCGCUCUGGAAGCACACGAGGUGGCAGACGAGCCUGGCCCAGCCCUCUGCGGUGCUGUCCCGACCGCAGCCCACAGGAACGACCUCUGCCCCAAGAACGAGGAGCGCCUUGAGUUCAAGAAAGGGUUUUACCGAACAGAUUCCCGGGGUCCGGCCGAGCCGCGCAGCAUGACUGUAUCAGGCAGUGUGGCCUGGGAGUGCUCUGCACUAGAGACCCGAGGCAGUGACACGCAUGAAGAAAGCACUUUAGAAAGACUCUCCAGCUUGAAGGGUGUGGUGAGCUCCAAGGACCUGCCGGACAUCAGUCCCUUGUACCCAAAGGAGCCUGCACUGGCGAUGGAGUCCAAACUUGUAAAUACUGCGCAAAUGGAUGCCACUCAGCUGGACAGUGACUCAGAGGACUUGCCUGUGAGCAAGACAACAGCAGAAGCUCUCCCAGCUUGUGAUGAAAUGCAGCCUGCAAGUGGAGAGGAAAAGUAUCUGAAAAAUGAACCAAAGCAACUCGAAGCCUUCAGCAAAGAGCACUUAGAGAAAGCCAAGAAGGGCAUCCAGAGGUUUGACUGGCUCUCCAGCCCCAGUGAGAGCCUGAGCCCUCACUAUAAAGACGUGAGCAAACCUACCGAGGUAGCAGCCAACGUAUCCAUCCGGGGGCAGGCCAUGCGUGAGGUGCCACCUCCGCUGACUCUACCUGUGUUCAGGAAAGCCCUGAACCCCAUCUUAGGCAAAUCAAAAGCAAUGGAGAGUACAUCCUCACACAGGAAGGGGCUGUCCGUGGACUCGGACUUGAGCGAGCUGAGCCCACCAGAAUGGACAUUGCAAAAGCCAAGCCUACAGAUCAGUUCCGACCUGGCCAUAAGCAAGCAGUCAUGGACAGUGAAUGCUGAGGACUCUGUGGAACGGAUCCCUCUGAUGUCCCUUGAGCCAACACCCUGCAGCUCUUAUGACAUUGAGAUGCGGCCAUAUGUGUGCAGUGUCCUUCUGGAGGACCAGGGGAAGGAUGAGUUGGGCCCAGAGGAGGACCCCACUGUGUACACAUGCAUUGAAUGCAGCAUCUACUUCAAGAAGAAGGAGCACCUGAUGGAUCACAUGCUGCAGCACAACCGGGGACUGGGGCGGGACCAAGACCGAGAUGCACUGGGCAGCCAGUGCCAGCUGUGCUGCAAUGAAUGCGGAUGGGCAUUUGGGGACCUCGCCUCACUUGAGCAGCACAAGAGGCUCCACCAGGAGUCCCGGGAAAAGAUCAUUGAGGAAAUCCAGAAACUCAACGAGUUCCCUGAUGAAGGCCGAGACGCCCGGCUCCAGUGCCCCAAGUGCAUCUUCGGCACUAAUUCCUCCAAAAUCUUUGUCCAGCACGCCAAGAUGCAUGUCAAGGAGAGGAAAGACCAAGGUGUGAAGAGCAUGAGUCUGUUUGGAAGCACCAGCAGUGGGGAAGUGCGGGACAGCUCCAUGCAAGGCCUCUACAAACACUUCAAACCCAGCGAGCCUGCCCCUCUCCAGGUGCAACUGCAGCCCCACAGCAGCAGCAAAGGCCUCAGCACCUGCAUGCUUUGCAGUUUCCCCGCCCCCAAUGAAAAUAUCCUCAAAGAGCACAUGAAAUAUGCCCAUUCUCAUCUUCCCUGGGACACAGAGGCAUUUGAGGAAGACUCCAACCAGCCUGGCACAAGCAGGGAUGCCUGCAGGCCAGGCCGGUUCUUGGAGACUGAUUACUUUGGCAAAACAGAGAGGCUUUUUUCCCAGCCCCAUCGUGAGAGUAUUUCUCACUAUGACCCUGCCCAUGGCUUUGCCUCAGGCCUCCAGAGACUCGAUAAAAGCAAUGGUGCAAAUAAAAAGGACUUCCCAACAUCAGGCUUUCAUGCCAGGAAAGCCGCUCCAUAUACCACCUCACACAAGGGCUUGGGGGUAUCCACCCUUACCUCAGCAAAAGCCUACUCACAGUUUGCCCUGCAGCAAAUGAAAAAAAAAAGCACAGCAUCCCACCUUGAGGGAGAAGGGGACCGUGCCCGGAGCCCCCCAGUGAGCCUGGAGGAGCUCCGGCAUAAGUGGGCAUUGGCCAACAGUGCCGAGAGCAUGGAGGAGGAUGUUUCGGUACCAGCUGAGCUGGAUGUAACUGAAGGCAGAAGCUUCAAGCCCUUCACUGUUCCUCAGGCAGCCUUGGACCUCAAGAGGACUUUCCGAGACACCUUGAAAGCCACCGAUCCCAUGAUUGCCUCGGAGGAGCAGCAGCACCAGUUGCGGAGGAUGGUCCCCAUCGUGCUUCUUGAGGAGAUGAGCCUGCAUCCGCGGACCAUGAAGCGGCCCAGAGGCAAGCUGUUCAAGAAGAGAGUUGCAGUGGCGGCUGCACCUUCCCGGGAGUUCAUGAUGGAUGAGGCCAUGCCCUUGGAUGUGCUGCUGCUGGACUCCCCGCUGGAAGGCUCCUUGGAGCUGGAUGACCUCCUGGAUGCUGACUCAUCCAUGCUGAAGAAUGAGGAGCGGAAAUGCCCGUACUGCCCUGAUAGGUUUCACAAUGGCAUUGGCCUUGCCAACCAUGUGAGGGGCCAUCUCAACAGGGUGGGGGUGAGCUACAAUGUCCGCCACUUCAUCUCUGCAGAAGAAGUGAAAGCUAUUGAGCAAAAGUUUUCCUUCCAAAAGAAGAAGAAAAAAGGUAUGGCCAACUUUGACCCAAGCACUUUCAGCCUCAUGCGCUGUGAGUUCUGCGGGGCUGGCUUCGACACACGGGCAGGGCUCUCCAGCCAUGCCCGAGCCCACCUACGGGACUUUGGCAUCACCAACUGGGAACUCACCAUCUCGCCUAUCAACAUCCUGAAGGAGCUGCUGGCCAAUUCCUCCGAGCACCCCAUGCUGCAGGCUGCAGCAGGAGUGGAGCCAUCGUCCCCAAGCUGCGAGAGGGAGGCGCACGGAUUUGGACCCCGCAAGAGCAUGACGCCCAUGUCCGAGUGCAGCAUUCCCCGGUCACCGCUGUCUCCAUUCCCGCCUUCCUGGGGAGACGAGUCCCUGCAGUCCUACAGAGACGUCAUGGCCUCUGAGGAGGAUGAGAUGGUGGCAGUUGAGUUGGGCUUGCCACCCCUCCCAAAGAAGAGUGCUCCCUCUGGUCAGCUGGAUCAGCCUUCAAACCGAAUAGGGACCAAGCUGUCUCCUGAGCCACCAGGAAGCAAGCCAGACCCCCAGGACUCCAAAACCCAAAACCUCACAACGUGCGAGGUCUGUGGCGCCUGUUUCGAGACCCGCAAGGGCCUAUCCAGCCAUGCCCGCUCCCACCUGCGCCAGCUUGGUGUGGCUGAGUCAGAGAGCAGCGGUGCCCCCAUUGACCUGCUCUACGAACUGAUGAAGCAGAAGGGCAAGCCCGAUGGCAGCCCCAUGUCCCCAACGCUUGGGAAGAAGUCCAGCUCCCCCAAGGAGGGGACAGCUGGCUCCCCACGGCCUGCACUUCUGGCUCUCGGCAAGGUGGGCGAGCGCCCACCCGACGCCCCCAUCAACAAGGCCAUCAAGUCCCCACCGGGUUUCUCCUCGAAAAACCUCUCACAGCCGGGCUCCCCCAUCCUCAAGAAGGUGCCUCCCUCGCUCUCGGGAUCUCCUCCUCUGAAGAACCCCGAGGACAAGCCCCCAAAGCUGCCUCUGAGCCCCCUGCAGAGCUCCCCAAAAGCACAGUGGCCGCAGCCUGAGGACGAAGGGCCCCUGAAUCUGACUGUAGAUAGUGACUCGGGCAGAGACCUUGACUGCCAAUUAUGUGGUGCCUGGUUUGAAACCAGAAAGGGCUUGUCGAGUCACGCUAGAGCCCACCUGAGACACCUCGGCGUGACCGACCCCGAUGCAAAAGGAUCCCCCAUUGACGUGUUAAAUGACCUCAUCCAAAGCGAAGACUUCAAAAGCCGUCUGUCCUCUCUCCUCCCUAGUGAGAGAAAGGCGUUAGGAGAGCUGGGGGCCUCCCCCAGACCCAGCCCAAAGAGCUCGGCUGCUGCAGCGCCCACAGCAGGCGUGAAACCACCACCGCCACCACGGCCCCUGGGCAGAGAGCCAGCCAGGCUUCCACCUCACUCCCCUCCACCAACCAAGAAACUGAAGCCACAAGCCCACAGGCUGUCAGCCGGGGCCAGCCUGCACAGGAAACAGCACCUUUCCUCCUCCGCCUACUGGGCUUCAGAUGCUGGGAUGUCUCCACUCAACCUUUCCUCGGGGGCAGAGCCUGUGCGGGACAUCCGGUGUGAGUUCUGUGGCGAGUACUUUGAGAACCGCAAGGGCCUGUCCAGCCACGCCCGGUCCCAUCUGCGGCAGAUGGGGGUGACCGAGUGGUACGUCAACGGUUCCCCUAUUGACACCCUGCGCGAGAUCCUCAAGCGCAGGGGUCAGCCCCGGAGUGGUGCUUCCAACCCACUCGCACCAGGGCAGAAAGCCAUGGCCAAGGCCAUCCUGGGCAUGGGGUCACUGGAGCCACGUGGUCCUGGGGACCUGCAUGUGGCCACCCUCUCCAAGAAGGUCCAGCAGCCAGGGAGUCCCAUGGGACAGUCGCCUACCUCCUCCCCACCCCCAACCGCCAGGAAGAUGUUCCCUGGGCUCUCCCCGACCUCCUUGCAGAAGAAGCUGAAGCAGGACCACAUGCGGGUGGAGAUCAAGCGGGAGAUGCUAUCAGGUGGCCUCCACAGCGAGCACCAUCCCUCUGACCGGGCUUGGUCCCCGCGGGACGAGAUGUCUCCCCUGAACCUCUCCUCACGAGCUGACCCUGUGCGGGACAUCCGCUGCGAGUUCUGUGGCGAGUUCUUUGAGAACCGCAAGGGCCUGUCCAGCCAUGCCCGGUCCCACCUGCGGCAGAUGGGAGUGACCGAGUGGUCUGUCAAUGGUUCCCCUAUUGACACCCUCCGUGAGAUCCUCAAGAAGAAGUCCAAGCCGUGCAUCAUCAAGAAGGAGCCACAUGCCUCCAGCAUCGAGCCCCCCAAGCUGCUGGGUGAGGAUGGGAUUGACCCCAAGUCCCCUGGGAAGGUUCUGCACACCAUGGCACUGUCUCCACUGGGUGGGCGACCAGGGAAGCCCGGCCCAGGUGGCUCCAGCCUGGGUCGUGAGCUCUCGCUCACGCCGCUCACCAGCAAGUCCCCAGGUGGCUUCCUGACGCCGCUGUCCGCCAAACGGCCCCUGCAAGACGACCGUCUGGGUGGACACACGGAGAUGAAGCAGAAGGCCUACAUACAGACUGAGCUGCCCUUCAAGACCAAGUCUGUCCACGAUAAGCCUGCACACACAUCCAGUGAAGCCUGCUGCGAGCUCUGUGGGCUGUACUUUGAGAACCGCAAGGCACUGGCCAGCCAUGCCCGAGCCCAUCUGCGCCAGUUUGGUGUAACCGAGUGGUGCGUGAAUGGCUCGCCCAUUGAGACCCUCAGCGAGUGGAUCAAGCACCGGCCACAGAAAGCCGGAGCCUACCGCAGCUAUAUCCAAGGUGGUCGCCCCUUCACCAAGAAGUUUCGCAAUGCCUCCCAUGCCCGUGAGCAGGAAGCCACAGCCAAGCGCCUGCCCCUCAGCUUGCAGCCUGGUGGAAUGGCCCUGGUGGGCAAGAGCCUGGCAAGCGAGUUGGUGCACAGCGAGCCCGGGAAGCUUCUGGAUGGGGGUGGUGCCGGUGAACGGCCCAUGAUCACCUCACCUCUGUCCCUGGUCAAGGUGGAAGAGCACCAGCGCCAGAACAUCAACAAGUUUGAACGGAGACAGGCCCGGCCCCCAGAGGCCCCAGCAUCCCGUGAGGAGGAGGCCAGUGACUUCCAGCAGAAGAUGGAAGAGGCGCGCCAGCCCCCACCCCGCAUGCGGCCAGUGCCCUCGCUGGUGCCCCGGCCACCACAGACGUCCCUGGUGAAGUUUGUGGGCAACAUGUACACCCUCAAGUGCAGGUUCUGCGAGGUGGAGUUCCAGGGCCCGCUCUCCAUCCAGGAGGAGUGGGUGCGGCAUCUCCAGCGCCACAUCCUGGAAAUGAAUUUCUCCAAAGUCGAUCCCCUGCGCAGCGAGGCCGUGGCACCUGAGGCCCAGGCUGUGGCCGAGGCUCAGUGACGGAGCUCUUCCGGGAGCACUGCCUGCUGCCCCCUCUUGGAUGCAGACGCUUGCCCUGGAGCCAGCACGACACCCCUGCUGCAGUCACUCCCGGAGAGGGGCAGCUGCCUUCUGAGCACUGGGCUCAGCAGCCCUCAGGGCCCAGCUCCCCCAGAACGACUCACCAAGAGCAGGGGAGCCGGCCACAAGCACUACAUGGAACAGAGCAGUCCGGGGUGCAGCCUUCAGCUCAGAGACAGGACCCUAGAGGAUACCUGGGAAGCACUGGGCUGCGCCCCCACCCAGGGGACUUGUCCCUGAGCCAUGGGGAGGGGGCUUCUCUCCCCAUCAUGAACACCAGUUAGUCCAAAGACUCUGCAGCUCCAGUGAGGGCAGUGUGUCUGCCCCGCGGGCCGCUCAGGCUUGGGCCCAGGCCAUGAGCAUGGGGCCGGCAUGGAGGGUGAGCGGGAGGGCGACACUGCUGGCUGCUGCCACUGGAUUGUGUACGUGGCUGCGGGUUCCUGUAUAUUCGAUUGCGUAGGCAACACGUGUAGUCCGUGUAGAUGUCGGAGUCCGUUCUUACCGGGUUGCGCUGCAUGUUCCUCUCCCCCGCACCCCCAACGGCACCCCCACCUCCCCUAUCACACACAUUAAACGGCAAGUCAUGGGUUCAUUGCUCCUCUGCCCGUCUGCGUCCGUUCAUCCUCCCUUCCCCUGCCCCCUUGGCGUCCGUGUUGUCCCACCCAGCUCACGCACCAUCACAGAGGGUGCCAUAGCUGGUGCAGGGUGCACCCUUCUUUCCACCCUCAUGUUGCCAUGGGUCAUGGCAUGUCUCAAGGUCUCUGCCGUGCAGCCUCUCAGGCCAGGCACGGGGGCUCCUGACCAGCAUCAGGUGCAUACAGAGCUGACUCAGCUCCAGGUGGCGUGAUGGUGAGCACAGGAGUCUCCAGGGAGGCAUCCGGUGCUACUAAUGCGUCUCCUGCCAACUCGGCUUCUCCCCAUGGCAGCAGUGGGAGCAUCUGGUCCCCAUGCAGCACAGCCUGGGCUCCCCUUGCGGCCACACUCACAGUUGCUUUUUAUGUCUAGCUGCAUAGAACCUCAAAUUUUUUAACUCUAGUUUUGUGUAGAAACAACAAGCAUCCAUUUUUAUUUGGAGUCCCAAGCUGAGCAGAGCUUGGAGGGAAUUUACCUUUUAACUUUUUUCAUUGGGCCUAUUCUGGUUAUUAAUGUACCUAGGAAUAUGUAAAUUAGAUUAAACUUCUCUUCUGAAAACAAA